AUGGAUGCCUGUCACCUCUUAUUGGGACGUCCAUGGCAAUACGAUCGGAAGAUUGUGUAUGAUGGGUUUAAGAAUACCUACUCAUUUGUCAAAGAUGGAGUGAGAAUCAAGUUGACUCCAUUGGGUCCAGAAGAAGUCAACCCGACCUCACGCAAAGCCAAACCACUCGUAUCCCUAAUCUCUAAACCACAGCUUAAGAUGACGAGAGAAGAAUCUCAAUCAACAAGCUUAUUACUCAUGGUCGAACAAAACAUUGGAACACCUAUUCCACAAGAAAUAGAAAAGCUCCUUGCAGAAUACCCAGAUGUGGUACUUGAAGAAAUUCCUCCUGGUUUACCACCUAUAAGGGACAUCCAGCAUGCCAUUGAAUUUAUCCCAGGAGCUGUUAUCCCAAACAAACCUACUUAUAGGAUGAGUCCACAUGAACAUGCUGAAGUACAACGUCAAGCGGAGGAUCUUCUCAAAAAAGGAUUGAUACAAGAGAGUGUCAGUCCAUGUGUAUCCCUGUCAUAUUAG